GUGGGUUUAAAUUAAGUGCAGGAAUUCUUUGGGCAAAAGAGAAUCGAAAAGUCCUGAAGCAUAUAUUGGAAUCCGUGCCUUUGUAUUGCGGGUAGAAUGAAUCGUCGAUAAGUGUCGCGAAAUAUUCUUCAAUUACUGUCGCGUGAUGAGUAUAAUAUGUAUGUCCAAACGUGCAAGUAAAAGUGAAAGCAUAUGCCAACUCCACUCGAUAAAUGUCACAUUGUGGACCUGACUCUGCGACACUUACCAACGAUUCACUGUAUUAAAUAGAAUAUUCUAUAUAAACAUACAACGACCUACCAUACAAACUGUCUUACAACAAGUAGAACACGUGGCAAACCUGGCUACGAAUUAUCACGUCAGUAGCAUAUCAAUUUUACAUAAAUUCUGGUACAGAAGUCUCACUUCAAAAAGACAAUUCUACGAUGCUUUUUUUUACAAAACUAUGUAAUUUUUUAAGGAAUCCUGUUGCCUUAAAAACAUGCAAGAAAUUCUAUGAUAAAGAAAAUGAAUCGUAUUCAUUAUAUACGGGUCUAUAGUUAACAGGAAGUUUAAUAACGACGAUAAUGAGGAAAUUCCAUCGUUAGCGCGGAUUUAACGAGAAGGAGGCUUUAAGACAGUCACUAUAUUUGUUCCAUGUACUAUACAUUCGGUUGUUGAUCACUUUCGUAACGGGAGGGUGUGUGCGGGUACCUGAAAAUUUCGGCUCGGGUAGCGUCGGGUCGGGAUUAGUAAUCUUCAUCCUAUCGGUAUUAAUAGUACACUCCAGGAUCUGAUUAAUCGAUUAAUAUACGGAUGUACGAGUAACGAAAUGAAUCUUGUCUAAGAGGCGCGUGGGAUUUCUCGUUUCUUGGAACUGCGAGCUUCGUAAUGUAAGCAUCGAGCUUGAAAGGAAUUUAAAGUCUAUCGCGUGUUAGACUCUUCGACGUCUAAGAGGCAGAGUUAGCGUCUCUUAGACGGGACUUACUGUACACUCUCUGCAAUCAUCUUUUACUCCUUAACAACUUUUUCGUCAUAACUCGAAGAUUUCAAUGUGAACAAAUUAUCGAAUAUACCUUAAGGUAUAUUUACAAUACUCUCAAAAUGAACUAAAAAUUAAAUAAAUUCUUCUCUAUAGAAAACAUUUAAUAUCCGGCCUUCUAUCGUGGUUUCGCCCCUUAAAUCGAUCGAAAUUGCAAAAUUCAACGUUCUGUAUAUCUUAAACAUAUUCGAGCCGGGAAAUUGGUAGCUCAAUGUCGGCAAUAUCAACGGCGUUUUAACGUUGCUUCAACGCUCGUGGAAACCGGCUCUAAAGCUGGAUUCAUUUUAUCCGUGCUUCGACUGUCGUUCUUCAAAAGAUAAAAUCCAUUGAAGGGUAUUUGAACGAAUAGUGAAUAGUGUGAAUCCAGCUUAAGGAUUCAACGACGGAAAACGCGAUACAGUUUCGUUCAUGCGGAUGGAGAUUCGUGUAUUCGACAACGUGAACUACUUGCUUAACUAAUGCGAUUUUAUGCAACAAUACCGACAACAAUACAGUUCAACUAUAGCAAUGUGUGUAUAUUCAACAGAUCGUAGCUAUGUCAUCCAAGUAUAAUCAAUCACAAAAGUCUAUAUACAACCCAUAAAUCUGUGAUAUAAUUACAAAUAAAAUAAUUUCGAUCCUGUUGGUAUUACAUUGUUUAUCGAUUAAAAUGAAUAUUUUGAAAACUGUUUAACUUAAUGUUUGCGAUAUUUAUUUCUCUCGUUAUAUUAAUAUUUUUUUUUUAUCCUGCCCUUUUAAACAGAAGUGAUUCUUUAACAUCCUAAAUUUAUUUGUUUUUUAUUUGUAACAUAUUUCUUUUACUUGUCUACGUAGAAGAGUGAAUAUUUUGUCAUACCUAAACUAUAACAUACAAUCUAUUAACAUGGGUCCUGAAACAUUCUUCAAUUCGCUUUAAUUCAAAGUAUUGAAAAUUAAAUAGACCUUCCAGUACAUGCUAAUUAAGUAAAAUCCUGUGCAGUGAGACUUUUAAGACUUGAACCGAUUAAAUCCCGACCCGAACCAAAAUCGGGUACCCGCACACCCCUAGUCCAUCGCUAUCGGUGUUUCGAGAAGGGUCUGUAACAAACAAAAUACUUUAUUGAAUGUUUCAACUAAAAUUAAUAAAAGGAAGCUGUUCGCGCCACUGCUAUACUAAUUAUUGCUCCGAUCACGAAAGUAGAGUACUUUAUCGAAAUACCUUAGCGAUUCAAUGAUGAUUGGCAAUAAUAAGCUAAAGUACACAAAGAUUUCUUGGUAAUAGUCCUCUUUGACGUGGGGGCCCCUCUUGAAGACAACCGUAGGUUUAGAAGCUCGCAUUAACGAGCUUGUUUGCAGCCUUGUUAUACCUCCCUCGAGCAAGAACAGCGACGUCGAAUAAAACGGGAAACGUGAAUCGAAUUUGUCCGGGAAGAAGAAUCCUUCGCGAUGCGUUGGCCGCGAAUAAUUCUUAUCGUUGCCCGUGGCCGUGUCUCGAAUUUAUUUCUUAAGAAACGCGCGUCCUUGACACUGGCCUUGGUCAACUUGUACAACAAUUCAUGCAUUCCGUCCAUUUUUACAGCUCGGUUUCGAUGGCCACGUAAGGAUACCCCCGAGUAACGGGAUGAGCAACGUUCCUGGCGGUAAAACAGCAAUCUCGUUCCAUGCGAACGGCGAGGGUGAAAUGCAGCCUGUGGCAUUCCCCACGGACGCUCUGAUAGGACCGGGAAUUCCACGUCACGCGCGUCAGAUUAAUACCUUGACUCACGGCGAAGUUGUGUGCGCUGUUACCAUCUCGAAUCCGACCAAGUACGUCUACACCGGCGGCAAAGGGUGCGUGAAAGUCUGGGACAUCGGACACGAAGGCGGCGGCAGCAUCAAGCCCGUCUCGCAACUGGACUGCCUGCAACGCAACAAUUAUAUUAGAUCGGUGAAGCUGCUGCCCGACUGCCGAACCCUGAUAGUUGGAGGCGAGGCGAGGCAGCUGAUCAUCUGGGACCUGGCCAGCCCAACGCCGCGGAUCAAAGCCGAACUGACCUCCUCGGCGCCGGCCUGCUACGCGCUGGCCAUCUCGCCGGACUCGAAAGUCUGCUUCAGUUGCUGCAGCGACGGUAACAUCGCCGUGUGGGAUCUCCACAACGAGAUCCUGAUUCGGCAGUUCCAAGGGCACACGGACGGCGCCUCCUGCAUCGACAUCUCCGCGGAUGGCACGAAGCUCUGGACGGGAGGGCUGGACAACACCGUGCGUUCCUGGGAUCUUAGGGAAGGCAGGCAGUUGCAGCAGCACGACUUGAACUCGCAGAUAUUCUCGUUAGGAUAUUGUCCCACGGGAGAAUGGCUCGCGGUUGGCAUGGAGAACUCCAAGGUCGAGGUGCUCCACGCGUCCAAGUCCGACAAGUACUGCCUGCUCGUCCACGAAUCCUGCGUCCUAUCACUGCGUUUCGCGUCCUGCGGCAAAUGGUUUGUCUCCACUGGCAAGGACAAUCUGUUGAACGCUUGGCGCACGCCGUACGGCGCCUCGAUAUUCCAGUCGAAGGAGUCCUCGUCGGUGCUGAGCUGCGACAUCUCCGCCGACGACAAGUACAUCGUGACCGGAUCCGGUGACAAAAAAGCCACUGUAUACGAAGUGAUUUACUAGACACACGAUGAGAGACGUUUCCAACGUUUUUCUCUCUCUCUCUCUCUCUCUCCCCCCACUCCCCUCAUCGAGAACCCUGAACUCUUGAAACACGCGUCGCCGCUCCCGUUCUUUCGCGGGGGAGAUCUUACAAGUGAGACUUUUAGCAGCCUUAGGAGCCUAGACUGUUACUACUGUGUACAUAUAUAUACGUACGAAGUCUAUACCAUGGUAGAGUCGCGUUCGUGGGACGGCGCGAAGAUGACGAGGAAGACGCGGAAGAAAUCGAAGGAAGAAGACUGGAGGAAAGAAACGACGAAAACCUAAUGUGUGGGCCAGAGGAACCUGUAUGUAUAUUAGAGUUGCGUGCGCGUGGCCCGAUUGUAUCUACGACGGUGUGAUUACGUAGAGGAACUCUUUCUUUGUCGCGUGUAUACAACGAGAACGUGUUAAUGGGACGUUACCAAGCGAUCUUGCAUGAGCGUUAAGUGAACGGGAAAGCCUUGCGAAAUGGUGAUGCUAGAUAUGAUUUUCGUAUAAGUACCUAAUUAUAGAAUCAACACGCCCGUGACAGAUUGUCGAACAGCACGAAGACCAGAGACGGGCGAAAUUCUUAUCCGGAUACGAAUUUCGAUUAACCGAAUGAAAGAUAAACAGCUGUACGUUGUUUACCCUCGACAUCAACGAGGCCAAUCCGAAUUGUGCAAUCAAAAUUUACGUCUCGCCUCGAUGUAACGACACCGAUUAGGUUUGUGCGUGUUGUUAUUUCGGGGUAGGGUUGAGGUUUUCGAGCGUCGACUUUCCUUGAUCCAAGGUUGAAUGUAGUGUGACAAGGGAUGAGUCCUUGGCUAGUAAAUAUUAAGGCAUGUUAUUUUUCAGAAUAUUUUUUUUUUUUUUUUUUUUUUUUUUUGGAAGUAUCAGGAAUGGAUUUGUGAGAUUUUCCUGAUAAAAACGAGCCCAAACACGAUCCCAUUCGGACCAUUCUCGAUUAUUCAUCAUUCGAAUCAUUUAUUGAAAUCAUUCUCACGCGUCUAAUUAAAUACGAUCCGAAUACGGUCGUGUUUGGGCUCAUUUUCAUCGGGAAACUCACACGAAUUCACUAAUUAUAGUCCCGUGUACAAACGCUGCGAAAUAUAAAAUAUUAAUUUGUAUUAGUUUCCAGUCAAGCGAGGCUCAUAAUAAAUAUGUUUAGGCGACCGUAAUAUUUCUAACAACAAUGAGAAGGAUUCGUGUCGUUAUAUCGAGGCAAAAUAUCAGCUCAAUCGAAUCAACGUUGUGAAUAAGUCGUUGCACAGUUCUUUUAUUCGUCGUUUUUCGAUCAAACACAAUUUCUCCCGUCUCUGACGAUGAUGACGAACGGCUCGAAUAAUGUCUACGAAAUUGUGCCCUCUCUCUAACCCCGGACAUUUUUGUCGAGAACUUUUACAAUUUUUGCAAUCACUGUCCCUCUUUAGCGUGUUGCCGACGAUAAUAGUAAACUUACAUACCGUUGUGUACCUUGAACCCUUUCGAGACGGCGAGCGACUAUAAUCAUUUCCCGUAAAGCAUGCUCGCUAUAGUUCAAGGGCAACUAUAGUCCUCUACGAGCCACAGUGUAAUAUCUUAUGCCCAUAGCGCUAAUUGACAUCGGUAAAGGAGGCACAAUGGAAAGUAAGUAUACGUAGAGUCCUCAAUUUCCGUUCGUGCGUCGCGAAAGGGUUCGACCGUCUUAAAUGUUCAUAUGCACCUAAUUGUCGGAACAGCGAUUGGAAAAUUCGCGGGUGAUUCGUUUUGAAACUGUUUGUUGACGAUGACUCCGCUGUUUCUACCUGAAAGGAAAGUAAACGCGAAUUCUGCACUGUGGGAGCAGUGUUGUGUAUUGUUUAAACGUAACUGGCCAUGACCACUAAUUUUAAAUAUAUCGAUUAAAAAUAA